UUAUAAGUUUGUUUACAUUUUAAAUGCAAUAAUGGAGUCGAAAUAUGAUACUUUGAUGACGGAAGAAUUGAAGGCUGAGUUAAAAAAACGUAAUGCUAAGUUAUCUGGAUGUAAAAGAGAGUUGAUAGAACGACUACAAGCAUAUGACCGCAACUGUAACUUUGGGCAAGCUGAGAUUCUAUCUGAGAAAGAAUAUACAAUGAUGUGUCCAGAUCCCCUUACAUACAAGGAUUUGAAUAGUGACAAGAAAAUUCCAUGUGUGAACAUAGAAGGAAUUGAACAUUAUUUAAAUAAGUUUGAAAAGUCUAUGGAUACUACUCCUGUAGGGUUAUAUCGUGAGAAACAUUUGUGUUACCUGAGAGUAUGUUAUGAUGGCGACCUUUGUUACUUAAACAGUGCUUGUCGGGCUGAAAUGAAGAAGUCGAUCACCUAUCAUAUAGAUAUUUGUUUGACUGGGAACAGUGAUAUUGAAGAGGCACAGUGUGAGUGUGCAGCUGGUAUGGGUCCCAGCGCACACUGUAAACAUAUCUGCACAGUCAUUUAUGCUGCACAUGUAUUUUGUAAAACCGGAUCUGUUCUUGUGGAAAAUACAUGUACAGAAAAACUUCAGUCUUUCCACCAUGUGAAAAAACCUAAAGGUUCACCUGUCAAAAUGCGUGACUUACAUAUGGAUGGAGCUGAUGAAGCAACGAAUGUUGAUUUUGACCCACGUCCACAAAAAUUCCGCAAGAUGUCCAACUACAGUGAUUUCUUUAGGAACACUUGUCUCAAUUUUAAAGGAGUUUCAAAAAUGCCUAUUUUUCAAUUGUUUGAGCCUGCAAAUGUGCGUGGUUAUAUCCAUGACCACGACUACCUUCAGAAAACACAAGAGGACAUUUAUUUGGAAAGUCUCCUUAACAUUAGUCUUGAAAAAGCAAACGGUAUUGAACUAAGAACUCUGGGUCAAACAAAGAACAAGCUCUGGCAUGAACACCGCAGUAUGCGCAUUACUUCAUCGCACUUUGGACGGAUAUGUAAAGCCACAGAAAGGACAGAUCUUAAUAAGUUGGCUGAUGAACUUUUAAACCCGAAACCAUUUCAUGCAAAGGCUACCGAUCAUGGAAUCAAAUAUGAGACAGAGGCAGUAAGAAAAUAUGAAGAAAAACUAAAAUGUAAGGUGAAUCAAUGUGGACUUUUUGUUUCUCAUGACUUCCCCUAUUUAGGAGCCUCACCUGAUGGCAUUACAUCCUCUGGUGUUCUGCUGGAAGUGAAAUGUCCAUAA